UUGAUUCAGUUUCAGGCGGUUCACAGUCGGCCGAGUCCAGCGCAAUUGGCAAAACGCUGUUUUUAAUUUCGUUUUUAGCCGCCCCCUGAAUUAUUUAGCAAACUUUCGUGUGGACACAAGCUUAAUUUCGCGUGUGAAAAGUUCUCCUUCGUCCACUGUUUUUUUCCCACGGUCUAUGGACAUCUGUUGAGUUUUCAAGUGCACCUGUUCUUUUAAUUUCGAUAGCUUAUUAAAUUGAGAAAAUCAAAAUACAAAAUGGGUAAUUCCAGCUCCAUUUGCACCGAUCGCAAUGCCAUAAGGAAUUAUGAUGAAAAUGGCACGCCGGUAUAUCCCACUGCCAACAAUUCCCAGAGUCCUUCGAAUGGACAAAUAACUCCAUACCACCACCACCACCAUGCACACAGCCAGGAGAAGGAUGGCGGCGGUUACUACAAGACCACAAUUCCCGUUGGCAGCUCUCAGAGCGGCAGCGGCGACACAGCCGGAGAGAGCAACAGUUGCGCUCAGUGCCAAACAGCUGAUGUGUCGCGCUCCUCUCCCACGAACAACAAUCACGCACACACCCAAAGCUGCUGUUGUACUAGUAGUCGUGUGUGCUCCAAUCAUACGACUACAACCACAACGACACUCGAAUACGAACUUUCCAAUUUCGCAAAACUAACGACACGAAUCACAACGAAAAGCGCCGCCGAAGGGGCAGCAUCGACGGAACAGUGUGACAUUGAAAAAGCUCAUACAGGCAGCACUCCCGACUUGCCACAGGCCGCAGGACUACCGUUAUCCUCGCGACAUCACUGGAAUCAGCUGCAGCGCAGUUUGCACGCUCUACACUAUCAACAGCAACAGGAACAACAACGUGCUUACAGCUCCUCUUCCUGCUCCAAAAACAAUAAUAAUAAUAACGUAGCCGACAUGAGUAUAAACAAGCAGGUGAGCUUGGAGAAAUACGCUCCGCGGGAUCGCCAUGGAGUCUGGGGCACUGGCGACAACGAAGUCUUGGGCAGCAUCUCCGGAUUCGAUCGUCUCUACGACAAGCGCUACUCAAAGGGCCUGGCCUUUACGCAUGAGGAACGUCAACAGCUGGGCAUCCAUGGCCUGCUGCCCUAUGUGGUGCGCAGUGAGAAGGACCAAGUGGACCACUGUCGCACUCUGCUGGAUCGCCUGGAGCAGAGCCUGGACAAGUACAUGUACCUGAUCGGUCUGUCCGAACGCAACGAGCGGCUGUUCUACAAGGUUUUGGCCUCCGACAUCGCCCACAUGAUGCCUCUGGUGUACACGCCCACCGUGGGAUUGGCCUGCCAGCGCUACAGCCUGAUCCACAUGAACCAAAAGGGCAUGUACAUCUCCAUCAAGGACAAGGGACACGUCUACGAUGUUCUGAAGAACUGGCCGGAAACGGACGUCCGUGCGAUCGUGGUGACAGACGGCGAACGGAUUCUGGGACUGGGAGAUCUGGGUGCCAAUGGCAUGGGCAUUCCCGUUGGCAAACUGUCGCUGUACACAGCUCUGGCCGGCAUUAAGCCGUCGCAGUGCCUGCCCAUCACCCUGGAUGUCGGCACAAAUACCGAAUCCAUUCUGGCGGAUCCCCUGUACAUCGGUUUGCGCGAGAAGCGUACCACUGGUGAAGCCUAUGACGAAUUCGUCGACGAAUUUAUGCACGCCUGCGUACGUCGCUUUGGCCAGAACUGUCUGAUCCAGUUCGAGGACUUUGCCAAUGCCAACGCCUUCCGUCUGCUGGCCAAGUACCGGGACUCGUUCUGCACCUUUAACGACGACAUCCAGGGAACCGCUUCGGUGGCCGUGGCUGGUCUGUUGGCCUCCCUGAAGAUCAAGAAGACCCAGCUGAAGGACAAUGUCCUGCUGUUCUUGGGCGCCGGAGAGGCUGCUCUGGGUAUUGCCAACCUCUGUGUGAUGGCCAUGAGGGCCGAGGGUCUGACUGACGAGGAAGCCAAGUCCCGCAUCUGGUUGGUGGACAGCCGUGGUGUGAUCAUUCGCGAUCGCCCAAGGGGUGGACUCACCGAGCACAAAUUACACUUCGCCCAGGUCCACGACCCCAUCGAUACUCUGUCGGAGGCAGUGCGCAAGUUGCGUCCGAAUGUUCUGAUCGGAGCUGCUGCCCAGGGUGGUGCCUUCACCCAGGAGAUCCUCGAGCUGAUGGCCGAGAUCAACGAGACCCCGAUUAUCUUUGCCCUGUCCAACCCAACCGUUAAGGCGGAGUGCACUGCCGAGGAGGCGUACACCCACACCAAGGGUCGCUGCAUCUUCGCCAGCGGCUCGCCCUUCGACCCCGUGACGUACAACGGACAGAAGUUCUAUCCGGGUCAGGGAAAUAACUCAUAUAUUUUCCCUGGAGUGGCAUUGGGAGUCCUUUGCGCCGGCAUGCUAACCAUUCCCGAGCAGGUCUUCUUGGUGGCUGCAGAACGCUUGGCGGAGCUGGUCUCCAAGGAGGACUUGAAUAAGGGUAGCCUGUAUCCACCUCUUAACUCCAUUGUCAAUUGCUCGGUGGCCAUCGCCGAUGCGAUUGUGGAAUACGCCUAUAAGAACGGAUUGGCCAGCAUCCGUCCGGAGCCGGCCAACAAGGUCGCCUUCAUCAAGGCCCAGAUGUACGAUUUGGACUAUCCGCGCUCCGUGCCCGCCACCUAUAAGAUGUAGGAUGGAGAUCCAUUCCGUCUGCCCUCCAACAACAAAAUGGAGUGGCCACCUCUGAUAUUCGGCACUGGCAGCGAGCAGUAACCAUGUUAUUUAUUUUAUAAUGUCGCACAUCUGUCGUCUAGCGUAUAGCCAAGUUAGCAGCGCGCCUUACCUACCCCACUUAUCCACUAUCCACCCAACCAACUAGCCCCUGUUCGCAGCCCAAGAGAUCAUUAUGGAGAGGGAUGUGAUGAAGGAAGAGAAUGCAGCGAACCCUUUUUUAUGAUGUUGACUCUAUGUAAAUGGGAUAUUGAUCUAAUAGAUAUGUAAACAAAUUCUAUGUAAUCUUGAACAACACAAACUACUCUAAGUAUCUAAAAAUAAAAAUAAAAAAGAAUUAUAA